CCCCACAACCAAGAAACUCUUUUUUUUUUUUUUCUCCAUAAAAUUUGAUACCUAGAGUACAGGUAGACAGAAUACUGGAUCAAUAGCUGUAGCUGAGGCAAGAAAAGAAAGAAAGUGAGUGUAAAGCAAAGAAAUCAAGAUUAUACUUUUUUGCUGCUUUCGGUCCCCCCUGAUAGAUUGAUCUCUGUUUCAAGCUGCUUCCUUUGUUUUGGGUUUACAGGUGCUGUCCGAUUGUUUAUAUUUUUGCUGUAUAAUUCUUUAAGAUUUGGAAGGAAAGAUUGGUUUAUGAGAGUAGGAAUAGAAGAAAUGGAUAUUGAAUUAUUGGAGAUUGGAGUUAAACUGAGGAAAGGAGCGAUCUUUACAGUCAAAUUGUGCUUUAGAUCAGUCUGCAGUCAUCCAUUUCUUGUGGGUAUGCUGUGUUUCUUGAUAUUUCUGUACAGAUUAUCCCCAUUUAUUUUUUCAUUCUUGGUAUCUGCCUCCCCUGUGCUUGUUUGCACUGCUGUUUUGCUGGGAACCCUUUUGAGUUUUGGGCAACCAAAUAUACCUGAAAUUGAAAUAGAAGAGAAAACAACCUAUGAGGCUGUCUCGAUAAAGACUGGGGUGUCGGAAGAUGCUACUGUUGUUGAGAAGAAUGAGAGCUUUUACGUUGAAAGAUUCAGUGAGAAGAGAAGGGAUGAAGCAGAGGAGUCAACUGAGCAGACAGAUUUACUGGCAGGUAAGCUUGGUGAAGUUUGUAGAGAGAAUGGUUCAGAUGAUACUGCUCCGUUGAUUGAGGAAAGAUCACGGGAGAUCGAAUUGAAUGAUGGUGAAAUGUGGGAAGCUGAAAGAGGUUUAGGUGAUUUGGGAUACAAGGAGAAAGCUGAGUGGAACGAAGAGAUACUUAAUGAUGGGGAAGUUGGGGAGAACCACUAUGCUUCAGAUGCAAAGGUGAAUGAUGAAGUUCUUGAAUCGGAUGAUGAGAAAUCCGAAGCGGACUCUUUUGAUUCCGAGAAGGUGAAUGUGGAUUCUCUGGAUUCUCCUCCUCGUUCUCCCUGGGCACGAGUUGAAGAGCGGGAGGACAAAGAGGAAGAAGUGCAAGGCGAAGAUGAAGAGGAUGGUGAUUCAGAUUCUGAUUCGGAUCGGGCUGAGAGUUCCUCUCCGGAUGCCUCUAUGGCCGACAUAAUACCGAUGCUUGAUGAGCUCCAUCCACUAUUGGAUGAAGAGGCUCCUCGACCUGUUCAUAUUUCCCGUGAUGGCUCUGAUGUUGCAUCUGAGAGGUCUCCAAAAUCCAGCACUAGAAGUCAUGAAUCGGAUGAUGAGACCGAAAAUCAGGAGGAUUUGGAAGCUGCAGAUGAUGACAAUGAAGAUGGUGAAGAUGAAGAAGAUGGACAAGGAGACAAGGAAGAGCAGACAAAGUCUGCCAUUACAUGGACAGAAGAGGACCAAAAGAAUCUCAUGGAUCUUGGAAGUUCUGAGAUCGAAAGGAACCAAAGGUUGGAGAACUUAAUUUUAAGGAGGAGAGCAAGGAAAAAUAUGGGUGUGUUUCCGGAAAGGAACUUGAUAGACUUGGAGAGUGCUGAUCUUCCAUUCAAUAUUACCCCCAUUUCGACAAGAAGACAAAAUCCAUUUGAUCUUCCUCAUGAUUCUUAUGAUGAUUCAGGGCUUCCUCCUAUUCCCGGUUCAGCUCCUUCUAUUUUGUUACCGAGACGGAACCCUUUUGAUAUUCCUUAUGACUCAAGUGAAGAGAAGCCUGAUCUUAUGGGAGAUGGAUUUCAAGAGGAGUUCACUUCUACAUUUCAAUCAAGAGAGCCAUUCUUCCGAAGACACGAGAGUUUUACUGUGAGGCCUUCAAUUUUUGCACCCAGCAGGCAGGAUGUCAAAAUGAGGCCUUACUUUGUUCCCGAGCGGACAUUUUCCGAAGAAUCAAGCUAUUCUUCAUUUCAGCGACAAUUAAGUGAACUUAGUGAUUCAAAGGUGAGUUCUGUUCCUGAAACUGAAUCAAUUGGUUCAGUUGAGGAUCUGCAAGACAGGAAGCUGUCCAAUGAAGAUAAUCGGCAAGAAGUUGAGGCAAUUCCCCAGAUGGAAGAAAUCGCUGAAGGGGCUCAAUCAGGGGAGCCAGAGCUGAUAUCCCUGGAAAAAGAAGAUCUACAUAGGGAACCAGAACCCAUCCCUGAGAUGGCGAGUGUUUCUGAGCAUGUUGGACAUGGGAGCCAAUCUUCGGAAGAAGAUUCUUUAGAGUUAGGCCUAGCAGAGAAGAAAGGCAUUGAAGUCGACGAGCUUCAUUUCCAAUUUGAGGAUGUUGCAUAUCAUUAUAGACAAGAAAAUGUAACCCGACCAGUUGAAGUCCAAGCUACUGAAUACCUUUCAAAUUCUGAUGUUGUUGAACAGAGAUAUAGUAGGGAUUCAAGCUCUUCAUCACUUUCUGAAGUAAGUGAAAGGGUUUUCACUGAGAUGCUAGGUGAAGAGUUGCCAGUGUUAGAGGAGGGAGGAAGAGCUAGUGCUGCUGGAGAGCCAAGCAUCACAACCCAAACUUCAGUAGAAAGUGCCGAUCUCAAUAUCACAAGUACAUUGGUUAGAGACAUUCCAAACAGAGGACCUGUUUAUGACUCCAGUCCCCGGGAAGUCAGGAAUAACUUCUCAUCCUCUUCGAGUUCUUUGGAUGUGCAUCCAGAGUCUGAUCCAGGUCUCCCCCCUGUAAUUGUCAAGAGAACAGUGUCUCUUCUUGAUAGAGAAUCUGAAGACAGUAGUCAGGAAAUAAGAGAGCAUGACAACGUGAGCACUGAUUCCUCUGAAGUUAAUUUGAGACCUGAAACUGAAGGUUCUUCAGCUGCGCCUAGUAUCAUACCCGAUGUUUCUAUUCUGUUGAAAUCAUCUGUUGAAGCUUCUGUGGAGGAAAAUCCCAUAGAGAAACACAUUCAGACCCUGGACAAAUCUUCUGAAGAUCAAAAUCUGGAUCAACCUCAGGAGGAUAAGUAUUUAUCAGUUUCUGAAAGAGAGAAUCCAAUUGAAGUCAGUGAGCCAAUGUUUGAGAGUGAAGCAGAACUUUCAAUUAGCAUGGAAGAGACUGUCCAAUCACCAAACUCCAGGACUGAUGCUUACCGUGGAAUUGACGAAAACUUAAAUUCUACACAUUAUGCUGAAGCAAACACAUCAGUCUUUUAUGAUAAAGCAAUGGAUGAGCCAAUUCUUGAGCAUCUCAGUGAAGUGCAGGCAUCAAGUUCCACAGUCGAGUCACUGGAGGUUGAUCUGACUACACAGAAAUCAAACAUACCACAGAUCCAAGAGCUUGAUCAUGAACCCUCAUCAAAUAUCACCCCCCCAUUGAUUCCUGACUUUAUUUCCUUUCCGUCAAGUGCUUCUGAGACAACCACUUCUCGUAUUGUUGAAGAGGCAGAUGAGAUUAAGGAAAUCGAUGAAGGACUGUUAUCUGAGUUAGAUAAUGUUGGGGACUUUAGUAUGAACCAAUGGGGAUCAGGCUCAACUGAAUUCGAAAAACACGUAGAUCCCGUUGAAGAAAGUUUGCCUUCAGCAUAUCAUGCCGAAACUAGCACUACGAGAGUUUUUGAGGUUGACUUGGUUGAAGUGAAUGAAACAGAAGCUGGAAAACUUUCAGAGAAUUCAAGGGAGGAUAUUCAUGUGCAUGAAGGGGACGUGGCAUAUAUUUCAGAGUUACAAACAUCUGAAGGAAGCAUAGUUGAACAUAUUGAUGCACCACAACCGGAGUUCAAUAAAAGAGACGACCAGGAUUCUCCUGAUGGGGAAACAUCUGAAGACGAGACAUUGUCCAAGGAGAAUGAAGUGCAGCCUGCUCAUUUUGUCGUAAAUCACAAUUACGAAGACAAUAUUUCUGGGAUAUCUGAAGUCGAAGUGCACUCCAUAGAAGAUGUCAAUUCUGUUGUGAAGAAAGCUGAAUUGAUGUCUCUGGAAACUGAAGUCUUGGCGGCAGAAGUUGAGGUGUCCUAUCAAGGUCAAGUCGAUAUGGAUAGCACUUCUGGGAUGCCUGAACUUGAAGCUAAUACAACCAAAGAUAUCAAUCUGGCGCUUAAGCAAAUCAGUGCUGAGGAAAUCCAGGAGCCUGUUGUCCUGGAGCCACCUCCAGUAGUUGAUGCAGAUACAACUGCUAGGAUGCCUGAACUUGAAGCUAGUACAAUUGAAGAUAUUGAUCUAGCAUUUAAGCAAAUCAGCGCUAAGGAGAUCGAGAAGCCUGUUAUGUUGGAGCCAACCCCAGCUGAGCUGAUAGUUGAUACAGAUACAACAUCUAGGAUGCCUGAACUUGAAGUUAGUUCAAUCGAAGAUAUUGAUCUGGCAUUUAAGCAAAUCAGUGCUAAGGAAAGCGAGAAACCUGUCGUGUUGGAGGCAUCUAUAGCUGAGCCUGCGUUUGAUACAGAUACAGCUUCUAGGAUGCCUGAGGUUGAAGCUAGUAGAAUUGAAGAUAUUGAUCUGGCAUUUAAGCAAAUCGGCGCCGAGGAAAUUGAGAAGCCAGUCGUCUUGGAGCCUCCCCAAGCUGAAUCGACAAUUGAAGAAACUGUAACCAAGCACUCUGAGGAUGAAAAAUCACACAGAGAUUCAAGUGUGAUUCGCUCAACUCACGAGACAUCAAUUCUUGAAGCGAGACCAAUUGAAGAUGUCACUUUGGAUAAUAAGCCAUCUAAUGAAUGCAGCAUAGAGAGUCGUGGACUUCCCGAUUCAGUGAAUCACAAUCUAAAUUUGGUUGAGUUGGAAGAAACACAAGGAACUACUUCGGAACUGUAUGUUGCACAUCCUGUUCCUUCAGAGGAUACCACCUUGCGUCCGGAGCAAGUGUCAGAUGGUAACACAGAGGAGCAGCUGAAGCUAAAAUUAGAUGUUGGAUCAGUAGAAAUUGAGGUGGACAAAGCAGGUUCCUCUGUGGAGUCGUCGACUGUGAAAGAGGUCAAUGUCUUUACAGCUGAAAAGCCAGGGCCUGAAGUCAAAGCACCUAAAGACUUGCAUUCGGCAUCACCUCUUAAGGGAAAAGGUAAAAGCUCUAAAAGCUCGAGCUCAAGUUCGAGCUCCAGCUCUGAAUCAAGUUCAAGUGAUUCUGAUAGGGAAUAAUAAUCCAAGAUUGGAAAAGACGAGCUUCACGUCCACCGUCCCAUUUCAUGAUUACCAUUUUGAGGUUUCGAUAGUUGUGGGUUUUUGUCCAUGUUCUUUAUUUAACUAGCAAGGUGAUGGGUUUCUUCAAGAAUGAGUUUUCAUUUGAUUUCUUGAAGUUUCAACAUUUGGUGAGAUUUUCUUUUGCUUUGGCAGUUAAGUAUGUCUUGUGAGUGCAGUUUUGAGUUCUUGAUGAGUAAACAGUUGUUUUGAGCUAUCACAUGGAGUGAGUCUUCCUGUAGAGUACUUGCAGACCUUAAGAUUGUCAAGUGGUGGCUUGACAUCUAAAGGAAAAGGUUUGUCGUGACAACCUUACAUUGUACACUGUUUUUUGUGAACAUACAACAGUUUGAGUGAAAUGUUACGAAUUUGGUGUACACAAGUUUC